GUAUUUACAGGGUGAUUAAACAAAACAGUACAAAAAUAAACAGAACUAAGCACGGCGUCUGUGAAGAUAGACGGUGCAUAUUGUAUAUUUUCAGAUUGUCUGAUGGUAAAAAAGCAAAUAUACUUAACUAUUAGCACCUAGGUAUUUUAUGGCGAGAAGAUAGUAAUUAUUAGCAUAAAUUUAUUUUGUAAACAGUAUUCUGCAGUUUUUUGUAUCAAUAAGACGUAUUUUUUAGUUUAUUUUAAAUCUUAAUAGCAUAUAGUUGAAACUAUUUUAUACUAAGAUUAUAUGUUCAAACAUCAAAGUUAUGGAAGACCCACCUUGGCAACCAAGCUUCUGGCCAACAAUAUGCCCCUACCGUUUCUGUCCAACCUACCAAAAAACUGCCAGAGUAGUGGCCUUGAUACUUAUAGGAUUGGUCACGUGGUACACCCUGUAUAUUACGGUGGGUGAGACGAUGGCUCCACCUAGGGGUCGCCUGUUCCAAAUCAUCCUGGCCAGUGGAUGUUCUAUGCUAGCAGGAUGGCUGGUCAGCUUGACCAAUCUGCCUGGAUUGAUAGGGAUGCUUGUGGUGGGGGUGGUUUUUCAGAAUUGCGGAAUUGUCGAUAUAGAUUCGACUUUUGCGGGGAUAAAUAAGUUCUUAAGAGGUGUGGCUUUACUGAUAAUCCUAGUAAGAGCUGGCUUAGGAUUGGACUUAGGAGCGUUGAAACAGUUGAAAUUUGACGUUGUCAAGUUGGGAUUCUUGCCGUGGUUGGUUGAGACAGCAGCAGUGGGUGUGAUGAGCUACUACUUUUUGUAUAUACCGUGGACUUAUGGUUUUGCUUUGGGAUUUGCUAUAUCGGCAAUAUCACCAGCAGUAACCAUACCAUGCCUACUCAGGCUAAAAGCUGAAGGUUAUGGAGUGGCAAAAGGAAUACCAACCCUAGUAAUGGCUAUAACAACUUUAUCAGACGUUUUCUCUGUAGUCUGUUUUGGAAUUAUACAGAGCUUUAUUUUUUCCACGUCAACAUUUACCAACCUGAUUCUACAAUUACCUGUCUCCAUCUUGGGAGGAAUUGGAUUUGGACUAGUUUGGGGAUAUAUUUGCGGAUAUUGCCCAGAGAGUCAUGAUCCAAUAUCAGCAUCUCUUAGAAUAUUUCUACAAUUUGCUGGAGGUAUUUUGUCAGUAUUCGCCAGUGACGCUGUUGGAUUUGGAGGAGCAGGUCCCCUGGCCUGUGUAGUAGCCCCAUUCGUGUCGGUCCUAUACUGGACCAAGCAAGGCUGGAAACUGGGAGACAACCCUGUAGCUAUUAGCUUCAGAAUCCUCUGGUUCAUAUUCGAACCUGUUUUGUUCGCUAUAACCGGUGCUCAGGUCAGGAUUACUCAGUUGGAUGGGAAUGUCAUGCUUAUAGGUUCUGGAAUAUUAUUGGCUGCAUUAUUUAUAAGGGUAAUAGUAACAAUCAUUUUGGAUUACGGAUCUGCUAUGAACUAUAAGGAAAAAUUAUUUUGUGCAGUAGCCAUGUCUACGAAAGCCACUGUUCAGGAUGAAGGGCAUUGCAAUGGUAUCAACGGCAAUGUUGACAUUGCCUUCAAGAAAAUCAACAAGAACUACACUGAUUUCCUUAUGUGGAAAAUUGAAAACAUGAACGUCGUGGCUCUCACCAAAGAACAGUACGGGACAUUCUAUGAUACAGAAUCGUAUAUAGUCUAUGCAGCAUCCCAAUUUGGACAGCCUUCUGGAAUAGACUCUGUAAAAAGAGAUGUGAAAGGUAAAGCUAUCGAGUACCACGUCCAUUUUUGGCUGGGGAAAAAUACCACUCCAGAAAAAUCAGGUGUAGCUGCCUAUAAAUCUGUGGAAUUGGAUACACUUCUUAAUUGCUCGUCAACACAACAUAGAGAAACUGAAGGCAAUGAGAGUGACAGAUUCUUGAGCUAUUUCAAAAAUGGAUACAAAAUAUUGCAGCCUGAACUGAUCCAAAACAACAACCAAAACGAAGUAAAAUUAUACAGGGUGAGAGGAAAGAACAUUCCAGCUUUGAUACAACUGGAUUGCGUGUCUUGGACACAUUUUAGAAGUUCUGAUGUUUUUAUUGUGCAGACAAGUCAGACUGUUUUUGUAUGGGUCGGUAGGGCAGCCAGUGUUGAAGGCAAAAGACACGCCGCCAAACUCUCUCAAGACUUGAAAGAUCGCCAAAAAAUAUCAAACGUUGUCUUCAUUGAUGAUGGAUAUGAGAAAACCAUUAAUUCUGAUACACUGAAGGAGUUCGGCAAAUACCUACCCUUAGAAAAACGUGUAAUUUUACCCGAAUCUUCGCAAGAAAAUGGAAAAUCUGACAACAACAGAAACAUUUUAAGGCUGUACAAAUGUUCGGAAAAUAGCGGUAAAUAUAGGGUGGCCGAAAUAAAGAGUGGACCGAUGUUUCAAGCGGACCUUACAUCAGAGGAUGUUUUUAUUAUCGAUCAAGAUACCAAAGGUAUAUGGGUCUGGGUUGGAAAAAAAGUAAACGAGAGAGAGAAAAAUGAAGCUUUGAGAAACGCCAGAGGAUUCGUCAAAAAGAAAAAGUACCCUAGUAACACUAGAGUAACCCGCGUCGUAGAAGGCCUUGAACCGGUGGAAUUUAAGAUGCUGUUCAAGUCAUGGAAAACAGAAACUUCAAAUUCCAAAAAUACGAAACUUCCUAUGCUUAUAACAAAGUUUGACCCCAUCACUAUGGAGGACAGACUUAGCCUGGCUGCUGAAACCCAACUGAUCGACGAUGGAACAGGAAGAAUGACACUUUGGAGGAUCAAACACUCAAAAAUCGUGGAGAUUCCGAAAGAAAGGCAUGGGUACUUCUUUUCUGGAGAUUGCUACAUCGCAUUGUAUAGUUACCAAACACACCACGACGAAAAACAUCUCUUGUAUUGCUGGAUAGGAUCCGACGCAUCACAAGACGAGAUCAACAUAACAACAACCAAACUGGACGAAAUAGAUGAAGAACUGGGACAAUUAGGGUUCCAAGCCAGAAUAAUUGAAGGUCACGAGCCAGCACAUUUCCUGCAAUUGUUUAAGGGCAAAUUAACAAUAUUUAAGGGCAACGGAACGGACUUUGAUGAAACGGGAAAGAACCUGAAAAUUCCACACCAAUACCUCCUGAGAGUGUAUGGAUCGACAACUUACAGUGCCAAGGCCGAACAAGUGAAAUUAGAGAGUUCUUCGUUGGACUCGAAUUGCUGCUUUGUCCUGAGGAGGGGCAAGAAGUACUUCGUGUGGUGUGGGAAUUAUUCGACUGGAGAUCAGAGGGAAAUAGCCAAAGGAUUUGCUGGAAAGGAUUUCGAAUUGACUUUGGAAGGCAAAGAAAAAGAAGACUUUUUCAAUCUUCUGGGAGGUCGUAUGUCUUAUUCCACUAGAAUGGUGAGGAAUGAUCAAGACAAAAAACCAGCACGAUUGUUUUUUUGUACACCAAGUCAAACAAAUACAGUUCAAGAAAUCCCAUUCUUCCAACAGAAAGAUCUGCUUCCGGAAAACGUAAUGUUACUCGAUACGGAGGACACCCUGUAUAUAUGGAUUGGUAAGCUGAGCUCCAGGGAAGAACAGAGAUUAAGCAUACAAGCUGCUUUAAAUUAUUUACAAAAUGACCCAUCCAGCAGAGACAUGAAUAUGACAGUAAUCCACAUAAAACAAGGAAAAGAACCACCAACUUUCAAAGGAUUCUUUCCUAAUUGGGAUUCUAAAUUGUGGAAGCAUUAUAAAACGUUUGACAAAAUCAAACAGGAAAUCCAGAUGAAUAAUACCGACCAAAAAACCCACAACGGGCAUAUUAUUCAGCACAAAUCGGAACACAGUGAUUUCGAUCACUACGAAAAGUAUCCUAUUUCGACACUAAAAGAACCUAAUGAUCGUUUACCAUCUAGAGUAGAUCCGCUCAACAAAGAGCUCCAUCUCAGCCACGACGACUUUAUAUCUCUCUUCCAAAUGACGUAUGUCGAGUUCGAGAAGUUACCGCGCUGGAAGCAGCAAGAGAUGAAGAAAAAAGUUGGUUUAUUUUGAAGAUUCUUUCUUAUUUAUUUAUAUUAAUUUAGUAAAUAAUUGGCUUUAACCCCUUCCCCCCCUAAAACUAAAAUAUUAUUUAUACACCUAGUGUGAAAUAAACCUUCCCUAAAAAAAAAGUUCCCAUCAAAAACAGAAUGUAAAAAAAUGCCAAAAGUCUCGCAACACAAUUCUUCCACUCUAUAAAGUUGUGAGGUCUCAUGUAAAAUCAAGUCAGUUUAUUUAGUCUCUCUUUAAGCACCUAUUCAACAAUUUUGUUAUAAUUUGUUAGAG